AUGGGUUCUCAUCGGCGGAUUCGUGUCCAAAAGGAUUUGUUUCUGCAGUGUCAUUGGAAAACGGAGAUUGUCAAAUCCCGAUCAUUUUCACUACCAGCUUCUGCAGUCGAUAACUUAUCUUCUGUAUUCGCGACCACAGGUUCAGUUACAGAUUCAGUAACUGGUUCAGUAACUGGUUCAGUAAAUGGUUCAGCAACUGACUUUGAACCUGACUCUGUAACUGGCUCUUCAACCGGUUCAGCAACAGGCUCAGUAGUUGGCUUCUCAGCUAAUUCAGCAACUGGUUCUUCAAUCAGUUCAGUAGCUGGCUCAGAGACUGGCUCUUCAACGUGUUCAGCAACUGGUUCCUCAAUUGAUUCAACAACUGGUUCAGCAAUUGUCUCCUUAACUAACUUAACAGCAGGUUCAGUGACAGGCUCAGCAACUGGUUCAUCAACUGGUUCAGCAACUGGUUCAACAAGUGGUUCAACAAGUGGUUCAGCAACUGGUUCAGCUACAACUGGUUCAGCGACUGGUUCAACAAGUGGUUCAGCAACUGGUUCAGCUACAACUGGUUCAACAGCUGGUUCAGCAACUGGUUCAGCGACUGGUUCAGCUACAACUGGUUCAGCAACUGGCUCAGCAACUGGCUCAGCAACUGGCUCAGCAAUUGUCUCCUCAACUGGCUUAACAGCAGGUUCAGCGACAGGCUCAGCAACUGGUUCUUUAACUACCUCUUUAAUUGGCUCAGCUAUCGUCUCCGCAGGUGGCUCGGCUUCAGCUGCUAGCUCUUCUUGUGAUACUAGUUCUGGCUCCCCAGCAUAUUCCGGUCCAACUGCUAUAGCCACUGUAUCAGCUAAUUCCUUCGUCUCUGAUCCAGAGGCUAGCACAUCCACUGGACUACUCACAGCUGUCGAAUCAGCAAUUUCACCAUCUUCUUCAAUCUUUUCCACAUCUGGAGCUACACUGGCAUUGUCAGUAACCACAGCAGCCGAAGCAGACUUCUUCUUUUUCUUUUUAUUCUUCUUCUUUUUCGCACUUGAACUCGUGCUUGUAACUGGAUUAUUUACAGCAGCUGCAUCUGACGAGCCAUUGGCAGGAGAGUCCAAGUCCUGCUUGGGAGCUGUAGCACCGGCCAUUCUACCACCUGUUAGCACCUGCUUAAAUCACAAUUCACCAAUUUUACCCAUAAAUCCAGUAUUUUCUUCUUACCUUGCUCAAUCGCACACUGCGUGA